CAAAUACAAUUGACCUUGGACAGUGAUUUCUUUAUAUCCAUACAUAUUCGUGCAAAACAUGAUUUAUUUAUUGAUCCGUAUAUAUGUAUAUGAUAAACAUAAUUAAAUAAAUCAUUUUUUGAUGAAUGCACACACUUUGGUGAUAUACGCUAAAUUGAUUAAACUAGCGAUUAUUAGUAGUUAAUCAGUUUUCAGAAUAGCUUGACUAUUCAUUCAUCCACAUGAUGUUGCUUAAUUGUUGUAUUGUUAAAAACUCUAAUUUCUUCAAAAAUAUUAUUCAUACUAAACGUUAUGCAAUGUCUGCUGAUAUAAAAAUUAUCCUGGCUUCCAAACAUUACGGUUUUAUGGGAUCCGGUAAUAUGUCUCAAGCAUUGGUCAAAGGUUUUCUAGCCUCAAAUGUAAUCACUGGUUCUCAAGUUACAAUGACUGAUCGGUAUGGUUUAUCGUUUCCAGAUGCAGAGUUUCUAAUACCGCUGAAAGCUCUGUGUUCUAAAUAUGGAGUGGAAUAUAUACAAACAAAUGAACCAAUGGUUGAAAAAAGUGAUGUCGUGUUCGCCUGCGUUAAACCACACAUAUUACUACCAGCUCUGAAAAGUCUAUCCGAUCGUUUAAAUGAUAAACUUUUGGUUUCUAUUGCUGCAGGGAUUACGCUAGAACAAAUACAACAGGUUGUGCCGAAAUCUACUCGAAUUAUCCGUAUUAUGCCUAAUACACCGUGUCUGGUCGGUGUUGGUACUGCAGUGUAUGCACAUACAUCUUCUGUCACUGAAGAAGAUAUUAAUUUGAUUUCUUCCUUAUGUUCAUCAAUCUUUCCUGUGUUUGAAGCUAUCCCGGAAUCUUUAUUUAAUGCAGCUGUUGGAGUAUCAGGAUCAUCUCCUGCUUAUAUUUAUAUGAUCGCUGAAGCAAUUACAGAUGCUGGUGUUCUAUUAGGUUUACCACGUCCAAUCGCACAAAAACUAAUUGUCAAUACUAUAUUAGGCUCAGCUGUAAUGAUGCAAAAAACUGGCAAAAGUACAACUGAAUUAAAAAAUGAAGUUUGCUCACCUGGCGGGACAACAAUUCAAGGUGUUUAUGCUUUAGAGAAAGGUAAUCUACGAGCUACACUUAUGGAUGCAGUGCAGAAAGUUUGUGCACGUGGAGAAGAAUUGAGCAAGAAGUCCUAAUGUUUUAUGCACUAUUUUCCAUAGUUCUGUUACUCUAUGAAGUGUGUGUAAUAUUUCUUCUGUAUGUUAUUACAAACAUCAUAUUCAGUAACAAUGUUCGUUGUAUUUAAAAGCGUGUAUCUGAAAAAAUUUUCAGUUACGAUUUAUUCUGGUGUUCAAGAUCUUUGUAAGGGAAUUUUACUCAACAUCGAAAUGGGCUUAAUUGAGAGUUUAUUGUAACUAAUAGAGGACUUCCUUACAUUCUCGGCUCUGUACACUUUUUUUAUAUAAUACACUGUAUAUUUAUUUGAUAAUUCUAUAGAUGAUAGGCUACUUCAAUCAUUAAUGUUAUAACUCCAGUGGCUUAUUUUCAGUUUUUCAUUAUGUAUUUUUACUGUGAAUGUUUUCUUGCUAGUUAAAUCAAUUACUUGAACGUACAUUUUGAUACUAAAAUUUAGAAAAAAGUGAAUUCGUAUUUCUGUUUGAAUUGUUUUUCAGUAAUUUACUAACUAUUCUCUGUUGUUAAUUUUAAGUAGAGAUUUCUGUGCACUAACUUGGUUCCAUUUAUUAGAAAAAAAUGAUAAGUUGAUAUGGUCAUUGAAUUUCAAUAUUUUUAUCGAUAAAAAGACCUGAACAUAAUAUAAGUAUCAGUAGUCUUAGUUGGAUAGAAUAUUAAUGACUAACUAGUUGGUUAUAAGGUAG